UCUUCGUUCAGUGAAGAAAAUAAUUAAAAAAAAAAAGAAAUAAAAAGAGGGAAAUAAAGAAAGAAGGAAGACCAGAACAACCAGAAGAGAGAGAGCCAGAGCCAUGGUUUCAACGAGGCGAAGUGGAUCUCUCACUGGUAACAGCAACAAAAGAUCUCCGCCGGCCGACGACAAGCCGCCAUCGCCGAAGCGGCCUAAGGUCGAAAAUGGUGGGGGUUCGGAAAAGUCGAUGCCGGCGGCGGAGAAUUCAAAGGAAGUUUCUACGCCGACUCCACCGCCAGCUGAUCUUGGUGAAUGUGGUUCCGGCGAUGCUCCGAUUGCCGAAGAUGCCGUUACUUCCGCUAAGAACGAGGUUGCAUCUGAGGACGUAGCUGUGUCAACUCCGAUCGCGGAAGGGACUUCCCCUGCGGUGGAUAAGCGUGGCGUUUUUGAGUUUUAUCAGAAGCGAAACUCAAGUUUCGACCCACUUGCGCCUUGGUGCAGGCUUUUGUCUCAGUCUGGGCAGAAUCAUAACAUUCCUAUCUUGGGGACGAGUUUCACCAUUGGUUCACACAGAACCUGCAAUUAUCUUUUGAACGACCAGGCUGUCAGUGGUGUUUUCUGCAAGAUCAGGCGCACGCAGCGUGAGAGCAAUGCUAUUGCUGUUCUAGAAAAUAUGGGAAGCAAGGGGACGGUGCACGUGAAUGGGACAACAGUCAAGAAAAACUCGAGCCACGAGCUUAGCUCCGGUGAUGAGGUGGUGCUUGGAUUUCUAGGGAGCCACGCUUAUAUUUUUCAGCAAAUUAUGACAGAUGUUGCUGUUAAGGGUAUGGAGGCCCAGAGUUGUUUGGCAAAACUUCGUAUGGAACGUCGGACAGGAGACCCUUCAGCUGUGGCUGGGGCUUCCAUACUGGCAUCUCUCUCAAGCCUGAGACAGGAUCUAUCGCGAUGGAAAUCUCCAGCUCACUCCACUGGUAAAAUUCAUCCAGGUUCUGAGGUUCCUACUCAUUCUGUUGUUCAUGAUGGCACAGACAUUGAGCUUGACGGUCUGGAAGGCAAUUCAACUCCGGAUAUAGGAAGUGAAAAAGCUGAUGAUAUUGGAGCAAUCGACAAGAUGCCCCCAGAAUUCAAUCCAGACUCUGGCACAGAAGCAGGCAAUGUAAAACUCUCUGGGAUGACUGAUUUGAUAAGGCCUUUAUUGAGGAUGUUUGCUGGAUCACCUAGUUGUAAACUGAAAUUGAGCAAAGGUAUCUGUAAACAGGUCUUGGAAGAAGGAAACGAUGGGGCGAAGGAUUCACAGCCAGCGUCAUUAUCUGGUCUGUCUCUGCGAUGUGCUGUAUUUAAAGAAGAUAUUCUUGCUGGGAUUCUUGAUGGAAAAAAUAUAGACGUCUCUUUUGAUAAUUUUCCAUACUAUUUGAGUGAGAACACAAAAAAUGUGCUGAUUGCAGCUUCAUUUAUACACAUGAAGCAUAGAGAACAUGCGAAGUAUACAUCACAGCUUAGUACUGUGAACCCACGAAUAUUGCUUUCUGGUCCUGCAGGGUCUGAAAUAUAUCAGGAGAUGCUAGCCAAGGCCCUUGCAAAUUAUUUUGGUGCUAAGUUGCUAAUAUUCGACAGCCACUCAUUUUUGGCUGGUUUAUCAUCUAAGGAAGCUGAGCUGCAAAAGGAUGAAAUUAUUGCAGAAAAAUCCUCCACCUGCAUUAAACAAAGCCUUGUACCCACUGACCCUUGUAAGGCCGUGGAACAGUCAACUAGUGAAGCAGAGACACCAAGCUCUUCAAAUGGACUAGAAUCUCAAACAAAGUUAGAGUCUGAUACUGCGCCCUCUUCCUCUGGGGCAUCUAAAAAUAUAUUUAAAAUAGGUGAUAGGGUGAGAUACAGUGGUCCAGGUUCUGGCUUGUAUGCUGCAGGAUCUUCUUCACGGGGCCCACCUAAUGGAACUCGUGGAAAGAUUAUGUUACUUUUUGAGAGCAAUCCUUCAUCAAAAAUUGGUGUAAGGUUUGAUAAACCCAUACCUGAUGGCGUUGAUCUUGGGGGUAUCUGUGAAGUUGGUCAUGGAUUCUUCUGUAAUGCUGCUGAUCUUCGUCUAGAAAACACGGGUGUCGAAGAGUUGGACAAGUUACUUAUUAAUACAUUGUUCAAGGCAGUACACAGUGAGAGCAGAAAUUCCCCUUUCAUAUUAUUCAUUAAGGAUGCAGAGAAAUCUCUUGUUGGGAAUUCAGAUUCAUAUGCCUCAUUUAAAAGCAAGCUGGAUAGGCUUUCUGAUAAUGUGAUUGUAAUUGGUUCCCAUACUCAAACAGACAAUCGAAAGGAAAAGUCGCAUCCUGGUGGCCUGCUCUUCACAAAGUUUGGCAGCAACCAAACAGCUCUGCUUGAUUUGGCAUUUCCGGAUAGUUUUGGAAGAUUACAUGAUAGAGGGAAGGAAGUUCCCAAGGCAACAAAACACCUGGCUAAACUUUUCCCAAAUAAAGUUGCAAUUCAUUUGCCUCAGGAUGAGGCUCUACUUGUUUCAUGGAAGCAACAGCUGGAUCGAGAUUCCGAAACCCUUAAAAUGAAAGGAAAUCUCAAUCACUUACGCACUGUGUUGAGUCGGGGUGGAGUGGAAUGUGAAGGACUUGAGACACUAUGCAUCAAAGACCAGACACUUACGAAUGAAAGUGCAGAAAAAGUAGUUGGAUGGGCAUUAAGCCACCAUUUGAUGCAGAAUCCUGAAGCUGAUGCAGAUGCAAAACUUGUUUUGUCUAGUGAGAGCAUCCACUAUGGGAUUGGAAUACUACAUGCCAUUCAAAAUGAAUCAAAGAGCUUGAAGAAGUCUCUUAAGGAUGUUGUUACAGAGAAUGAGUUUGAGAAAAGGCUUUUGGCUGAUGUUAUUCCGCCAAGUGAUAUUGGAGUGACUUUUGAUGAUAUUGGAGCUCUUGAAAAUGUCAAGGAUACGUUGAAGGAACUAGUGAUGCUUCCUUUGCAAAGGCCUGAACUUUUCUGCAAGGGGCAAUUGACUAAGCCUUGCAAAGGGAUACUACUAUUUGGCCCUCCUGGAACUGGUAAGACAAUGCUUGCAAAGGCUGUGGCUACCGAAGCUGGUGCCAAUUUUAUCAACAUAUCCAUGUCUAGCAUAACAUCUAAGUGGUUUGGUGAGGGUGAAAAGUACGUGAAAGCUGUUUUCUCACUUGCUAGUAAAAUUGCUCCCAGUGUUGUAUUUGUUGAUGAAGUUGACAGCAUGUUGGGUCGAAGAGAAAAUCCAGGGGAGCAUGAGGCGAUGCGUAAGAUGAAAAAUGAAUUUAUGGUGAACUGGGAUGGCUUACGAACAAAAGAUACCGAGAGGGUUCUGGUGCUUGCUGCAACAAAUAGGCCCUUUGACCUUGAUGAGGCUGUCAUUCGAAGGUUGCCGCGUAGAUUGAUGGUAAAUUUGCCAGAUGCUCCUAAUAGAGCAAAGAUAUUAAAAGUAAUCUUGGCAAAAGAGGACUUAUCUCCUGGUGUUGAUUUUGAUGCAAUUGCAAAUAUGACUGAUGGAUAUUCAGGAAGCGAUCUCAAGAAUCUAUGUGUAGCUGCUGCACACCGUCCAAUUAAAGAGAUUUUGGAAAAGGAGAAAAAGGAGCGGGCCGCAGCUGUUGCAGAAGGUAAACCUUCACCAGCUUUGAGUGGCUGUGCAGAUAUUCGUUCUCUAAAUUUGGAGGACUUUAAAUACGCACAUGAACGGGUAUGUGCUAGUGUUUCAUCGGAGUCUGUAAACAUGACCGAGCUUUUGCAGUGGAAUGAACUCUACGGUGAAGGGGGUUCCAGAAGAAAGAAGGCUCUCAGCUAUUUCAUGUAAAGGGCCCCAUAAUGUACAAAUGGUCUUUCCUUCCUCCCCCCUUUUCUAUUCCCUCUAUUUCAUAAAUUUUCUAGACUUCUCCGUUGGUCACAGUAAAUUUUCCCCGAUCUUAGGGUUUGACGGAGAACCAUUUUGCCUGUAACAUGAGACAAGACACACAGAUCAUGAUAAAGUUCUAAGUUUAGUUGUCUUAUCCUUUAGAUAUUAGGAUGGUAUUAAAGAGGAAAAGAAAAGAGAACAAAAAAGGGUUUGCUGUUGUUCUCUUCAUUCCAGUCUCCUCACUUUCCCAUAUUAUUAUCCUCUUGCUGCUGCCAUUGCCAACAACACAAGAACUUGCCAUCCAUCCUUAUUAAAAUCUAGGCUGAUCAUUUAAAACAUCAGAGAAAUAAAAAACAAUGACGUUGUGCAUAUGUUGUCAUCUGUUUUUUAUUCUGGGGUUUGCGUGAAAUUGAAGAACAAUAAGCAAGUGAAGUGACCCUCCUUGACUCUUAUUUAUCAUUUUUCGAGUGUAUGUAUAUGCAUGCAUGUAUAUUAAAGGCGGAUUCUGUAGCA